AUCAAUAGACUGGUCAUACAUAGCAUAGCAUACAAAAAUGCUCAAAUUCGCAUAACAUAACGACAAACUCGCAGUUUUAAAUUAGCAGUAAUUAGAUAAGUUAACGAAUAUUUAAAUACAGUCAAUGUAUGCACUAACGAAAAUGAUAAUGCUUUAAACGUACAGAAACCCCAUCUACAAUUAACAAAAAUGAGCCAAUGUCAAAGUUAACCGCAAGCUGGAGAGCAAGCAUAGCAAUUCAACGAACCAAACAAAUCAGAUCAGGAAUACUGGAGCCUUAGGUUUUAGCGUUAACUAUAUGAGAGGAACGAAUAGGAAACGACUACGAAAUGCCUUCAGCAGCCACGAAGAAACGGCCAUCCGUUGUCAAGGAGGAGGAGGGUAUGACGCCCAAGAAGACGGCCCUGAUCAUUGUCACCGUCAUUGGAUGCAUUGCCAUAUUGUGGCCAAAGGUCUUCCAUCCCAUGAUGUUCGGUUCUGCGCCGCCGCCGCCCCACCAGCAGCGAAACUUAAAGGAUCAGAGGAGCGGGGCACCGGGCGGUCUGCGACAGGAGCGUCCGGCUCACCUACAUCCAGAGUUUAUAUACCAGGCGAUGCGGGAGCGUGGACGCGCCAUACCUGCCACACCCACCGUGCCCAUUGUUGAACGCAAAAGUUCAGCAAGUAAUCCGCCCCCGCGCAUCUUAGACGGACGGCCUUGUCCCAUUCCUGGAAUGCGUCCUCCAAUGGGAGCCGGAGCUCUGCAACAGCCCCAGCAGCGGGGCAGCAGCAUGGGCUUUCUAAUGCCCCUCUACACAAUCGGAAUUGUCGUGUUCUUUGGCUACACGAUAAUGAAGAUUGCAUUCAAGAAGCAAGUGCCCAAUGCACCAUACGGACCAGCACCAUCGGAUGCCGGCUUUCGACAGCAGGUCUUUGGCCAACAACAGGAACACAGCCAGGUGGAGGAUUUGGGCGGAACCAAAUUGGUUGUAACGGCGAUACAAGGUUUGAUAGACGCUGCCGAUGAGCAAUUGAACGUUCGAGACAAGCAGAGAAGUUAUACUGAAACUGAUUUGAAUAAGCAAAACGACAACGAAAAAACGAAAGAUCAACUGGAGAAAGACAAGGAGAAGUACAACAUUUCCUCCAAUGGGCACGUAAACGUAAACACCACCGACCAGGGUGCGGAUCCGGCUGCAAAGAUAGUCAAACAGCAACAGCAGCGAAAGCGUCGGGACCUCAGCGCUGAGCGGGAACUAACGGUACUGGGCAUGGAGGUAACAGCCAGUUGCGAGGGCGGCCGCAAAUGGACCGGGCGCCCUCCAACGACUGUUUUCCGAGCACCAAUCGAACAUUCCAAAUUGGAAGGUAACCUACCCGAGGCGCAGUCCAUUUACUUGGAAGGCGCUCUGGCACACGAUUCUCAGAUUUUGGUAGCCGACACCCAGACCAAGCGCGAGGAGGUCUACGAUGCUGAGCUCAAUGGAUCCGCCGAGGAGCCAGCCGUCAUUCUUAGCAGUAAGAUGACAUUAUCAUUGAUUAAUUUGGAUGCAAAUCAAGAAAAUGGCAAUUGGGGCAAAACCGAAAUCGAGAGUCCACUGGCUGAUGAUAUCGAAAUAAUUGGACACGACGAGCAAUAGAGAUACUAAUACUUACAUACAUAUACAAAUACAAAUAUUUGUAUCGAUGGUGACCUAAUUAAUUGCAGGAGCAGAGUGAACUAAUUAGCAAAUUACGACUGAUUAACAUGAAACAGAAUUGCCAAUAAUUUGAUAUCUAAUUUGUAUAUACAUAUUGUGUUGUAUGUUUUGAUAUAUUCGUUUUGUUUUCGAAAACGCCAACACGUACAUGUACAUAUACAUGUACAUGUACUGGCCCCCCUCCAACUGCUCCAAGAAACUGUGCCCCACUUUGGUCAAACGUACUCAGAUUUGCCCUCGAUCGCCUGAUUUUAUGUGAAUAAUGUUAGUUGAAACUCAAGGCAAGAACUAGUCUACCACUAAACUAAGCGCAUACGAUAAAUUCGAAAAUCGCAUCGUCUAUUAUUCUGCACUCUACUCGUAUUAUACUUUUGCAUAAUACCCUUCCUCUCGUCACGUUGCGUGGAAUGAAAAAUUACCUUAAUAAAAAGCGUUCUAUUGCACCUUAUGAAUAAAGAACUAAUAUUAGUGCCACAGCGUUUGUGAAGUUAGUAUAGA